AUGCCGGCAGAGCUCGUGGCCACCAUGGUGGUCGGGCCACUACUGUCACUUGUGAAGGACAAGGCUUCCAGCUACCUGCUGGAAAAGUACAAGGUGAUGAAGGGCAUGGAGGAGCAACACAGGGUGCUCAAGCGCAGGCUGCGUGCCAUCAUGGACGUCAUCACCGACGCUGAGCAGGCAGCCUCCCACAGAGACGGGGCCAUGGCCUGGCUCGAGGAGGUCAAGAGGGUGGCUUACGAGGCGAAUGAUGUCUUCGACGAGUUCAACUACGAGGCGCUCCGUCGUGAGGCCAAGAAGAACGAGCACUACAGGCAGCUCAGAUUUGAUGCAGUAAAGCUCUUUCCCACCCACAACCGUUUUGUGUUCCGCGACAAGAUGGGGAAGAAGCUAUGCAAGGUUGUACAAGACAUUGAGGUCCUUGUGGCUGAGAUGAAUGCUUUUGGGUUUAAAUAUCAGCAACAAGCACUAGCAUCCAAGCAGUGGAGGCACACGGAUCAUGUUAUCUUCGAUCCAAAGGAAAUCAUCAGCAGAUCGAGAAGCCAAGAAACUAAGAAUAUUGUUGCUACACUACUUGGUCAUGCUAGCAGUGAAAAUCUCAUGGUUCUUCCCAUCGUUGGAGUAGGGGGGCUAGGCAAGACCGUCCUAGCCCAGCUCAUUUACAAUGAGCCUGAAAUUCAAAAGCAUUUCGAGUUGUUGAUAUGGGUUUGUGUAUCUGACAGCUUUGAGGUGGAAUCCCUGGCUAAAAGUAUUCUUGAAUUUCUCCCCCAAAAAAGUAUUCUUGAAUCAGACUCGAAGAAAAGCCCAUUGGAUAGGCUUCAAGAUGGACUAAGCGGGUGUAGGUAUCUCCUUGUGUUGGAUGACGUCUGGAACCGAGAGAGCGAUAAGUGGGAAAAGCUCAAUGCCCACCUUACACAUGGUGCCAAGGGUAGUGUGGUUCUGACAACUACUCGAGAUGGUGGUGUCGCAAAAAUAAUGGGUUCAGUGAAACCCUACGAUCUCGCAGAGUUGGAGGAUGACUACAUAAAGGAAAUUAUCGAGACGAGAGCAUUCGCUUUGCAGAAGGAAGAAGAAAGGCCUGCCGAACUAGCGAAAAUGGUUGGUGAUAUUGUCAAGAGAUGUCGUGGCUCUCCGUUAGCCGCAACAGCACUGGGCUCUGUGCUGCGUACAAAGACCAGUGAAGAAGAAUGGAAGGCUAUAGCAAUCAGAAGCAGCAUUUGCACCGAGGAGUCUGGAAUAUUACCAAUACUCAAGCUCAGCUACAAUGACUUGUCAUCGCAGAUGAAGCAGUGCUUUUCUUUCUGUGCUAUGUUUCCCAAGGAUUAUGAAAUUGAUGUGGACAAGAUGAUCCAACUAUGGAUCGCACAUGGCUUUAUUCGGGAACAAGAAGAAGUCCGUCCUGAGACAAUUGGCCAACGGAUUUUCAAUGAGCUGGCCUCAAGGUCAUUCUUUGUUGAUGUGAAGCAUGUCCGAGUCUCAUUCAGCGAGCACUGGACAAGGGAUAGUUAUUCCAAACAUACAUGUAAAAUCCAUGAUCUGAUGCAUGAUGUUGCACUAUCUACAAUGGAAAAAGAAUGUGCUCUCGCACCUGAGAAACCAGGUCAGACGGAGUGGCUUCCAGAUACAGCUCGCCACUUACUUUUGUCUUGUAAAGAACCAGAAAUUAUUUUGAAUGAUUCUCUGGCAAAAGUAUCUCCAGCAAUCCAGACACUUCUGUGUGAUAGAUAUAUGCUACAUCCAUUGCGGCAUUUAUCAAAAUACAGCUCUUUGAAGGCAUUGCGAUUCGAUACAUGGAGCAGGUCAUUCCCCUUGAAAUCAAAGCAUCUGCAUCACCUAAGGUACCUUGAUCUCUCGGGAAGUGAUAUCGAAGCACUUCCUGAAGAUAUAAGCAUUCUAUACAACCUGCAAACAUUGAAUGUCUCUGGCUGUGGUGAACUUCGUCGGCUUCCAAGGCAAAUGAAGUAUAUGAUUGCCCUCCGUCAUCUCCACACUCAUAAUUGUAUGAAGAUGAGGAACAUGCCUGGUGAGCUCCGAAAACUCAUGUCACUACAGACACUUACAUGUUUUGUAGCAGGUCCUACUGGCUCUGAGUGCAGUGGUGUUGGAGAGUUGCAACAGUUAAACCUUGGUGGUGAGCUACAGCUACAUCAACUAGAGAAUGUGGCGGAAGAAAUCUGCAAAUCGCAAAAACAAGAGGGGACUUCAAGAAUUGUCAUUAAAAUGGACCGUUGGUUGUAG